AUGACAACAACUAUUGAAAAUUUCCUUAACAACAAACGAAAAUUUCUUUCAGAUGAUGAAGGAUAUCCUUCUUCGGCUCGAUUUUUGUCUCUCAACGACCAGAUACCAACAAACUGCAAUGCGAAAAAACUCAAAUCAAUGGAAACAGAUCGACUCUCAUCAACGACCAUGGAAUACGAAGAGACGAGCGAAAUGAUGGUUUGUGAAGGCUCAACUUCGACCAAAAGUGAUGUUCAACAAACAACCGAGAUAACAAAUAAAUCAGCAGAGAUAAUCAGUGCAAAACAUCACGAUACUGAAACUAAUCCAACAGCGUUGGUUGUGCGUUGUUACUGUGAUCCGUUUCGAUUAAACACGUUGUUUCCGCACAAUUCGAACUUAUAUUGA